CUAAUCGGCAAAAAUUUGGAGAAAAAUAUGUUUCCUUCACUUUUCCGCUAAACUAAUCUCCCAACCAUCAUCUCUGUCUCCAACUAAUUUGCUUGAAUUUUUACGGUUUUGAUUUUUCCUACUGAUUGUGUUAUGCAACAAUCAUCUCCUCCUUCGCCGCAGUCGGAUCCGCCGAGUGGCGUGCAGCGGAGUACGUUGACUGAGAUGGACGUGCUCGUGCAACCUCCGGUGGUCGAAGUGGAUCCGUCAUCUUCCGUCUGGGACUGGAGCGAUCUCCUUGACUUCACUAUGGACGACGAUGACUUCUCUCUCUCCUUCGACUCGGAGAAUUUGGCUCCUCCUCCGUUGGAGAUGGCGCCGGAUUCGGGUCCGGGUCCGGGUCCGGGUCGGGUCCGGAAGCGGGACCCGAGGUUGAUAUGUUCUAAUUUCCUGGCUGGUCGGGUUCCUUGCGCGUGUCCUGAGAUUGACGAGAAAUUGGAAGAGGAGGAGGCGGGGAUGCCGGGGAAGAAGCGGACUCGAACCGUGCGGACUGGGCAAGGGACAGCUAGGUGUCAGGUUCCGGGAUGUGGGGCGGAUAUUAGGGAGCUGAAGGGGUAUCAUAGGCGGCAUAGAGUUUGCCUUCGGUGUGCGAAUGCCAGUGCUGUUUUGAUUGACGGUGAGACGAAGAGAUACUGUCAACAGUGUGGCAAGUUUCAUGUCUUGCCAGAUUUUGAUGAAGGUAAGCGAAGCUGUCGAAGAAAACUGGAGCGCCACAACAAUAGACGACGGAGGAAGCCUGUUGAUUCAAAAGGUAGCGUUGAAAAAGAGCCUCAAGGGGCCUUGCAAAAUGAGGACAUUUCUUGUGAUGGUGAAGCAUUAAAAGAUGGUCCAUGCUUGAGCAGCCCAAUAGGUGAUCGAGAAAUGCCUUUAGAGUUUGAAGAUGGACAUGUUGUUGCUGUUCAUUCAGAUCCUAUGCUGCAGAAUGUUAACAGUGAAAGUGUUGUAUCAGUUUUGGCCUCUGGAAACACUGAAAUGGAUGGAGGAAAAGAUGAUUCAAAGUUUUUACUCUCCCCUUCUUACUCUAACAGUAAGACUUUGUCUGCGUACUCGUCAGUGUGCCCCACAGGCCGGAUCUCGUUCAAACUUUAUGAUUGGAAUCCAGCAGAAUUCCCUCGAAGACUUCGGCACCAAAUAUUCCAAUGGUUGGCAAAUAUGCCAGUUGAGUUGGAGGGUUAUAUUCGCCCAGGUUGUACAAUUUUGACUGCAUUUAUCUCAAUGCCAAAGGAUAUGUGGGUGAAGUUAUCUGCCAACCCAGGGCCCUAUAUUGAUGAUUUUGUCCUCAAACCUGGGGGAAUGCUAUAUGGGAGAGGCUUCAUGACUGUUUAUUUAAACAACAUGAUUUUCUGCACUAGAAAAGAUGGAACUUCCAUGAUGAAACUAGAUGUGAAGGUGCAGGCCCCAAGACUUCACUAUGUUCAUCCUGCAUGUUUUGAGGCUGGCAAGGCAAUGGAAUUUGUUGCCUGUGGAAGUAAUUUGCUGCAACCCAAAUUUAGGUUUCUAAUAUCUUUUGCUGGGAAGUAUCUAGCAUAUGAUAACUGCGUUGCAUCCUCACAUGUUCUGACCAGAGGAGAAUCUCAUAUGUGUGAGCAUCAGUUAUACAAGAUACGUAUCCCUCACACUGAACCAGAUCUCAUUGGUCCUGCUUUUGUUGAGGUUGAAAAUGAAUCUGGGUUGUCAAACUUCAUUCCUAUACUGAUUGGCGACAAAGAACUUUGUUCCGAGAUGAAGUCAGUACAGCAGAAAUUUGAAGCAUCUCUCUUUCCAAAAGGAUCAAAUUCUGUGGCUAUUAGAGGUCUGUCUGAUUUGUGUGAGGCUUUGGAUUUGAGACAAGCAGCAUAUUCUGAACUUCUUUUAGAUAUAGCAUGGUUAUCAAGGGAGCCUGCUCUAGAAAAUCUUCAAGAGUUUAUGACAUCUUUCCAGAUUAAAAGAUUUAACUGUUUAUUGAAUUUUCUAAUAACGAGUGAAUCGGCCAUCAUUUUGGGGAGAAUAUUACAAAACCUGAAGACCAUGAUUGACAGGAUGGGGUUAACUGGUGCAGUUAGUAGCACAAAUGAAGCUGAUAUGAGAUUAUUACAGAAAUAUGUGGAUAAUGCACAAGAUAUCCUCAAUAAAAAACUUCGGAAAAGUGAAAGAUCAGUGUUGCUGUCAGAGUAUAAGGUAAUUGACAGUCAUUGUUUCCAAAGCAGCUCCAAGUGUGAGACAUUGUCGGUUGUUCCAAUUGCCGAUCAAAUUAUUGACCAGGAGUUGGAGACAAGAACAAAAAGUAGAUUGGGAGUGUUGCUGGGAUCAAGUCGUCAUAGAACUGACACUCUUCCACUUUUGAACAAAGAAGUUGUUAUGAAUGUGAAUGUUAGCAAGGAGUGGCCGAGAAAAUCAUGUAACCCUGUUUUCUCCACCACAGCUUGGAGAUCUCGUGCUUCUGUAUUUUUAAUAGCUACUGCUGCUGUUUGUUUUGCAAUUUGUGCUGCCACUAUCCAUCCUCAAAAGUUUGGUGAGUUUGCAGUAACAAUAAGGCGAUCUUUGUUUCAGAGAUCUUAGAUGUUAAAUUAGGUCCCUGAAUCAUCCAAGUGCUCUAGAUCUUUUCAUGUGUACAUAUCUCCUGUAUGUAAAAUUAUAUGCAACCAAGCUGAUGAAAGCCUCAUCAUACAAAUGCGGGGGCACCAGCUUGGGAGUUUUGGUUUCUGGGCUUGCAGAUUCCAUCCAAAUGCAGCUGUUGAAUGCCCUACCAUCGUAUUUCUAGCAGAGAUUGGGAUGAUCACUGUUCUUGGAUAAGCGUAGUUAGUCUCUGAUCUCAACUCAUUUGAACCAGAAAGAGUUCUGAUAUUUACUUCUGCUGUCUAACUAAAUAUUUUAGAGAAGGUUAGAUCACAUUCAGUUGCAAGUGCUCACCUCAGUAUUCCCAUUCAGUUCUUCGCAUCAGGUAAAAUGGACAAUUGGGCAUUCGACAAAGCAUGGAUGAUGCAACUGCUGACAUGUGCUUUCUUAAAGUGAGGAACCUUUCUGUGAUUCACCUAGAUCUCCCCUAAUAUAGUUCUAGAUCUCCCCUAAUAUAGUUCUGUUAUUGUCAUUCCCCCUGUAUCAUUUUAAUCUGCCAUGGCCAAUAGCCAGAGUUUCAUCGAUGUAUUCAGAGAAGUACAGAACAAUAAUAAAACAAACCAAUCCUU